AUGGGUGCUACACCGUCAAUACCGGACUCAAUUGACGUUGAAGAGAUUACUAAUAACACAGGCCUUUCGAAAAAACAAAUUUCUUCACUGUGGACACGUUUCUAUGAACUUGAUCGUGACGGCCGUGGUGAUACGAAAGGUUAUAAAGGUUAUCUAGAUGCUGUUGAUCUCAAUCGUGUGCCCAAAUUCGAUGAAAAUCCCAUGGCACCUCGUCUAAUCAAAGUCAUUCUGGAUGAUUUCGGUUCGGACGCCAGAUUAACGUUUCCACAGUUUGUUUACUUUAUGAGUACAUUCGGUCAAUGUGAACGAGGCGGCCACGAACAUCGACAUCAUCACCACCACCAUCAUUCCCAUUCAAAACGCCAAUCAUCCAUACCAGCAACUACAUCGAAUAGCGCAUCCCAAUUUGUAACGAAAUCUCCUUUAGAGAAUGUGAAGUACUCUCCUGAUGAUACGCCAAAAACGCGUAAAGUGAAGUUCAUGUUUCGUAUGUACGAUAUUGAUCGAGAUGGACGUUUGUCAAAGGAAGACGUACAAGAAACACUGAAAAUGAUGGUCGGUAAAAUUAGUGACGAAGAAGCAUCUAUUAUAGCAGAGAAAGUCAUCGCGGAAUUUACGGAUGAUCAAUUGAAUUCCAAAGUUUCACUCGAAACAUUCGAAACAACAUUGAAAACAUUAGAUUUCAAUGAUAAGAUGGGCUUAAAACUUUUGAAAUAG